GCUGCUGCUGCUGGGCCCUCCCCACAGCCAGGGGUCGGCGGGGGCUCACCCACUUCAGGCAACAGGGGGGCGUCUUCCCUUCCCCACACCUCCUCCGCCCCCCGGUCCCCGAGAAGGCCUGCGAGAGGGAAGGAGGGAUGGAGGCAACCUCAGCGGCAGGUGCGGGGAAGGCCGGGGUGGGGGUGGCGGCGCCCCGAAAUCACCUCAGAACCCGGGCGAGGCCUCGCGGAGGCGUUUACCUUCUACCCUCAGCCCACCUUCUCGCUUCCAAAGCCCCCGGCGGCUGAGGAGAAGAACCUGAGGCGAAGGAGGAAGACGGAGGAGUAGGCGGGGCUUUACAAAGGGGGCGGGGCUUCCCCCGAAAGUUCGUUGGGCGCGCCUGCGCGCAAGCGGAGGGCACGCGCCGAAGUAUUUGAAACGAACAACAACAAAAAAAACCGACGGACGCUUCCUCGCGCCGGCUCGAGGGCGCACGCGCGGAAACCGCCGCAGCCGUCGUCGCUUCUUCUUCCUCCUCUUAUUCUGGGCUAGCUCCGCCCACUUUCCGGGUUUUGUUGGUUUUUUUUACGUGCGCUGUGCGGUCAGUGAAUAAGGGGGCGCGCGCGCGCGCCGGAGCAGUUACGGCGCAUGCGCUUCGCUCUGGGCGCUCCCUCUGAGGGAAGAAGCGGCGGCAGCAGGAACCGCGAGCCGGCUCUGGAGGGGGGUCAGUAAUGGGGACAAGCGGGGAGGAGAGGGAGGGCGGGGUGGGUGAAUAAUAGAGGAGGGAGGGGGGAGAAAACGUGUCCUCUGUGUUUUGGGGGGUAGAGAAGGUAUUGGGGGGAGGGGCUCAGGUUUCAAAACGGGGGGGGGAGCUGUGCUAAUGGGGGCAGCAGAGCCCCUCACCCCACGGUGGGGUUUAUUUUAUGAGGUGGGUGAAUUAAGGGGGGGGGACAACCGGGGGGGGAGGCUGUGUCCUACCUAUGACAGGCCUUGAGAAAUUGUGGGGGUGGCAUGGCUGGAAUUAGGGGAGGGGGUGGGGAAGGGAGGCGGAGGUCUUGAGGGGGGGACCCUUUGAGGGGAUCUGGGGAUCUUUGAGGGGAUCUUUGAAGGCAGGGGUUGGGAUUUCAGGGCGGGAAGGGGGGUGGGAGAUUCUGGGUUGAGUUUUGUGGGUGCUAAACUUUACCCCCCACCCUCCAAAAAGGUGGCCACUUACGUUGAUCUGCGGCAGUUAUUUAUAUCCUGCCUUUCGCAAUACUGAUCAUUUCAAGGUGGUUUGCGAAAUAAUAUCUCUGCCCUCUAAAUAAGCACAAAAAAGGCAUAAUAAGCCUGCAUCAGCAUAUAGGAAACAUUAUAAGGCAGAUGGUGUUACAUAGCCCUGGCAGGGGAGGCAGGUUGUCUGGUUGGUUAGGUGAAACAGGCCCCUGGUGUCUUAGGUCAUUUGCCUCCCUUGCAUUUCUGAACUGGCAUGUUGUGCUAAGAAACCUGUUGUGUCAAGUGGAGCCAGGGGCCAAUCCAUGCCUCCAGGCCCGUGGGACUCUCUAUGGGCACAACACAUGCUUUUGCGUGUUUUUACCUGGCUGCAAAAUACACUCGCACCCUGAUGAUGCUUCCAGAUGGAGGAUAGAGAAUUGUGUGUAGAAACUAGCCUGCUGUGCAAAGGUAAUGUUUACAUUCAGUGCUCCACCCACUUGUCCAUCUGGCCCCACCCACGGCUGGUGUGUGGCCCCUGGAAAGUUGCCCAGGGCAAACAGUGGCCCUCUGGCUGAAAAAACGGUUCUCCAUCACCAUCCUAUUUUACAGACCUGUUGAGAUAUUGUGUCUAAACUUCAUGAGGUUUUGCCUUUGGAGAGAGGUUAUAAACAAGGAAAGUGCAAGGGUAGAUUGGGAGGGAUGUUUGUGUGUGUGUUGUAAAAUAGUUGCCAUGCUUUUCAGCCAAAUCAGGUUUACUUAGAGUCAUGCUGAGCUCAGUGGGGGUUAAUCCCAAAUAAUUGUGCAUUUUGGUACAGUGUUAUACAUAAUAUAGGAUAGUGCUUUUUGAGUAAUGGCCCAGUUCUGUGUAUGUUUCAUAAGAAGCAAACCUCUGAGAAUUGUGCAUAGGGUCAGGUUUCUGGUGCAUUUCACUGAUUAUUUGAGCAGUAACUGUAGGCCACUAUUACUGUCGGCCUGCCAGAGAGAUUGCUGAAGGCCACAUGGUGUUGUGGCUUUGCUGAGAUUUAAAUCCAAGACUUCCAGCUCCUAACUCAUCAGCUUAACUGCUGCGCUGCAGUUGCUGGAAUUGGAAGAAAAUGAAAAUGUAAGGUUGUUAGAAGAGCCAGAGGAUUUGGACAGUGGGGAUAGAGCAGCCAAUUUGCAAUCUCAUUUAUCUCUCGCUUAUUUGCUCUUCAUUUCAAAACAAGUGUACGCUGCAUGGGAGUUUAUAAAGCGUCGUCUCCUGUGAUUGAUAGUUUGAGGCCACAGUUAGCAAAGUGUGAGAUAUAGGCAGUUGCCAAGGGACAAGUGAGUUUCUUGGCUAGACUCAGGGACAAACCAGACAUAGAUUUGCAGCCAUGAUCUGUUGUGGUUCCUGUGAUGGGUAAAAGCAGCUGGAGUUGGGAGCAGAUCAGGACCAUAGUACUCAGAGAGGGAAGUUCUGUUCUCUCCCCCCCCAAAAAAUAAAAGCCUGCUACUUGCCCCAUGGGGGGAAGCAAACAGGUGCCAUAUAUCCCUAUGUUUCUCUCAUAAGCAGCACUGUGUUCUCUACUUGUGUUUUAAUUAGUGCAGAACCAUAAAUUCUUUUGACUUUUCUGCUGCAAUGAGUUGUAUGGAUGUCUGACUUUGUGCUAUUUGGCCUAAUCUCAUUUAUAUUAAUAAGAAUAAAAUAUUAAUGACUUUCAUGGGGUGUUAUGUGAAGGAGGGAGCCACUUCAAAGAAUCAGGAAUUUGCAAGGCUUUUUUAUAAAAAAAAUUAUGAAUAUAUUAUUGUUUGCUUAUAGAAUUCAGGAGGAAGUUGCCCUUGAUUGCUGCUCUCCAUAAAAUGCCAAAGAGGAGUGUGGAAGUUGUGCCUGUGCAGAUGUUCCAAGGUUGAAGUGAAACUGCUCUGUUAGUUACUGCUGCUCAUUACAGCCUUUCAGGCAUCCUUCUCCUAAAGAACCAAGAACAUAAGGAGCCAUAUAUGAUACAAGCCAAAUGGGAAGAUUUUCCAGCAAGAUUUGGAACUGGACUUGCUUAUUCUAUACCCUCCAUCUUUCCUGAGUCUUCAGUGACACUUCCUUUUUUUUUCAAUUUACUGGUCUUCUAGCCCAGCUAUUUAUUUUAUAAUUUAAUUCCGUCUGUCACCUGACAAGUUAGGUGUCAGACACUUUCUAUCGCCUGAAUGGACAGGGACACUUUUGCUUACUCCACCAAGUUUUUUCGCGAUUACAGCGGCCCAACUCGGGGCGCAAGCUGCCAAUCCCACGAACAUGUUGACUACAUCGAGAAGCCAGAAAUAUUCACUUAUGCAGACUUUUUCAAGGAUUACUUGAUCCCCAAUGACCCCUGUGUUUUCUCUGCCAAAUUCACUGAGGGCUGGGGCAGCAGGAGGAAGUGGGUGACUCCUGAUGGGAAGCCUAACUUUGAGUAUCUUCUGCGGACUUUUGGUAAGCCACCUUUAAACUAAAAUUGCUAGCUAUGAUUUUGCUCCUCUUAGAAUUUUCAGUCUGCCUUCUGACUGGCCAAAAACCUGUGAUUGCUGGUGACCAUGUCCAAGUCCCUUUUCAUUUGCUUCUAGUAAUGUUUGAUUCUGCCCUUAUGCUUUCUUCACUGUUAAUGUGGUAUGUUUGUAUUCAUGCCUGAGUAUGGAGUAGAAAGAAAAGUAUAUUGUAAGAGGUGGCUUAAUUGACACAUUUAAUUGCAGCAUCACCUCUCAUAGUUAGAGCUGUAUCAAAAAUAGGGUUGUAUACAAAUGUGACUUUCCACUAGCGAAAGCAGUGUUUUUAGAUGAGGCACCCCAAUUGCAGCCUGCUAUGCCUUGUCCCAUUCUGUUCCCUCAACUCUCCAGAGAAAUUCCUGGGUCCCAUUGAAUGCAACCCUUACCAUUAAAUAGCGCUUUUGUAUGCUCAAAGCACUGUAAAGAUAUAAUUCUGUUGGAAUCCUUACCAUAAUCCUGUAAGAUGGGACAACAUUCGUUGUGGGCAUUCUGCUGGUUAAUGUAUCUAUGAUUCAGGUAUUGCAGCAAUUGGAGGAAUUUCCUUUUGUUUCCAUUGUCGCUCUGCAUAGCACCUAACCAUGCCACAUAGGUGGAACGUUCAAACUGGUAGGAUCAAGGCCCUUACACUUUCUUUUUUAUUGGUAACCCCAACAGGGCAUCAGUUAUUUUCCCAUAUGGGCUCAAAGGGUUUAUAUUGCAGGGGAAGCUGUAGUACCCGUUGCCAACUGUGAUGUCAAGGAAUACAAUUCUAACCCAAAGGAACAUCUUAAACUCAAGGAAUACAUAAGUUAUUGGAGAGAACACAUUAAAAAAAGCUACCGGUCGCCCCGGGGGUGCCUUUACCUCAAGGACUGGCACCUGCACAGGUAAGCAAAACCUUUGAACUCCUCGGCAUGCUCUUACGAAUCCCUGGCAUGCUGCUGAAUUGUACCUCUGAUGUUCCCUUACCAGAUGAUUCAGCUUUUGGGAGCAUCCUUAGAUAGUAGCCGCCUGUUUCAAAACUGCAUCCUAAGAAUCUACGGCUGUGACUGCAUGGUAGGACACCCCAGUGAUGUAUAGUGCUGUUUGGCUUACCUUUCUUACGGUGCAUGUACCUGGCACUGUCUGCUCUUUCCAAUGUGAAUGCACAUUUUUUCUUUCUUUCUUCCUGUGUUUGCACACAUUUUGAUUAUGCCAAAGUUGGUCUGCAUGAGAGAAGUUUCCUUCUCUGAUCCUGUUCCUUAUAUUAAUUAUCAUUGUAUGUUUGCAUAGUUGCACUGGAAUCAAACAGAAGAGAAGGCAGGGGAACCUGCUGAGGAGAACACAAAUGCACUGUAGGCAUCACCCACGCUUAGCCGUUGCAUUAAUACAGUCAAUUGAAUUUAUACUCUUCCCACGUUUUGGUUGCACAGCAAGUUGAAGCAGGAAAAUUGAUCAGUCUUUAAGCAAUGUUCAACUUAAUUAGUUAUAUACCGCCUACACCAAGUCUCAAUUUAAAAGAACUUAAUAGGUGCUUGUAAGCAACACUGAUGUGAGGAAACACCUAAUACAGGCAGGGCCAUAGUGUGCCACACAAAUGGGAUGCCAAGGCAACUUCUUAAAUGCCUUUUUGUAUUCUUGGCACUUUGCUUUCCUUCUGAUGAAUCUACCGUGAUCCUUUACUUGGUGUAUAUUGGCUAUUUUUUGUGGUUAUAGGGCAUUCAAAAGAUAACUUGCAAGUUCAGAAAUUGAGAAUGUUUGCAUGUUCAGAGGUACUGUACUUCUUGGCUUGAACCUUUGCAUAUGCAGAGCCUAAACACUACCUCCCUGCAUAAGUCUUAUGUGUCCCAACCCAAAGCCCUUUCCCACUGGUGGAAAGGGAAGGUUGGAAAGACAGCUGGAUUACAGUGAUACCCCUUCCAUAUCCAUUGUUUCAGGCUUAGGCUUAGAGUCCAUGGACUGAUUCAGAUGUUUGGGUGGCUUCUUCCUUUUGAGAUCAAAUACGUUUUUGUAUUUACAUGAAAACCAGUAAAAAUUAUUGGAGGGAGUAGUCAUUGCACUCUCAAAGCAUUGAGUAGACUUCUAAGUGUGUAAUAUUUGUUAUAUCCCCAAGACUUGGGAAAGGUGGCUGGUGCAGAAGUGAAAUAAAGUACCAAUUGCCAGGCCAUGAUCUAACCUUUAUCAUGCUGUUACGCAACUUUUGAAUGCGUCUUGAGUGGAUUUUUCUUUCUGAGAUACCAUUUUCAAUAUUUUAAGGGCUUUCCUGGAGCAAGAUGUUUACACCACGCCCAUCUAUUUCUCAUCUGACUGGCUGAAUGAAUACUGGGAUGCCAUAUCAGUGGACGACUAUCGCUUUGUCUACAUGGGACCUAAAGGCUCAUGGUACAGCCAUUUAGAUACUUUCAUAGGUUCUCUUUGGAAAAGUUAGUCGUAUUAGAAGUAUGAGGUAGGACAUGCAGCUUGAUUCAGUGGGACUUCCUAGUAACUAUUCACGAGAGCAGCCUGUGAGAUGUCUUUUCGAGGAAGAGGAAGACAGCACACCUGCUCAGAGCUUUAAACAUUGUGCACCUUUUUCACAAUGGGAUCCCUACCCGUCCCAGAUUGCAGGGCCAGACAGUGUUCAGCCCUUUGGAUAUUAUGCAUUGUAUAGUCCCUGCAUAUGAAGAUGCUUCUUUGUUUUGAGACUUUGCAUCUUUUUAGCUGUCAAGAUAUUGGUGAAAUUCUAGACUUCCCACAACACAAGCCAGUUUCAGUUUGCAGUAAGAGGUUAGCAGAAAGUUGUUAGGUAUGCACACAUUACUGUCUCAGGUGGAGGGUAUGCACUUGCAUACUUUCAGAUGAGCGGCCCUUGUAAAUCACUGGGUGUAUCAGAGUACUUGGAGAGUGGAGAAAUAGACGUUGAUGCACAAAUAGCUUUCUGUGAAAGCCUGAUUAAUGUCUCUACUGGAAAAUAGGUCUAGGUUUGGGUGUGUAUACCUCAUGUCUUCAGGGUGCAAAAGUAAUUUUCUGAAUGACUGUGAUACUAAUGUUUUGGGGAUCCUGAGAUGGUAGGAGAGGAGGGCCUACUCCAUUACAUAUCGGCUUCUACUACAUAAAUACUAUUCCUGCAGCUAUUCAGCUGCCUUCUCCUAACCUCCUGGUUUUCCCCUCCUCCCUGUAGGACUCCAUUUCACGCAGAUGUCUUCCGCUCCUACAGCUGGUCGGCCAACAUUUGCGGGAAAAAGAAAUGGCUUGUUUUCCCCCCAGGGCAGGAGGAGUUCCUUCGUGAUCGCCAUGGUCACUUGCCAUUUGACAUCACUGCACCUGACCUGAAGAAGAGCAACCUUUACCCUCGCUAUGCCCAAAGCAGCCCUCCUGUUGAAAUCAUACAGGAAGCUGGAGAGAUCGUCUUCAUCCCGAGCGGAUGGCACCAUCAGGUUUACAAUUUGGUAAGAUGUUUUAGACAGCCACAGCCUUGGGGUAAUGCACCAUUAAGUGGAUUUGGGCAAUGCUUUUGCUCAUUGGGGACUGAUAGGGCUUAAGGCCAGGAGCCGAACAGUAGAUGGAGCCACAGCCAGUGACAGGCAGAUCUGAUUCUAGUGUGUCUGCAUCCUCUGCCCUGCUGAGCUCUAGAACGGCAACACAGAUAGAGGAGGGAGCUGACAAGCAGUGCUACCUGAUGGGCUAGGUAGCAGAGGCUUUGAAGCAGGCUUCUACUGGCGACUGGAUAAGCUGAGUUUGUAUGCUGCAUGAUGUCAUAUGUUCACUAUGGGAAUCCAGCUGAAUAGGCCAGCAGGCAAAAAACUGUGACUCCCUUCAACCUUAAACAUGUGGAAUAGCCAUUGGGACUGUCCUUGUUUUUUCCAGGAGGAUACAAUCUCCAUCAACCACAACUGGGUGAAUGGAUGCAAUGUAGCCAUCAUGUGGAGCUUCCUCCAAGACGAACUAGCUGCUGUCCAGCGGGAGAUCAGAGAAUGGAGAGACAGCAUGGAGGACUGGCACCUGCAAUGCCAGGUAGAGCAGCCGUCUGAGAAUGUUUGACAUGGUCAUAGAUGCCCAUUAGCAAUCGAGUGUCUGAAAUGGUGAAACACAGGAAUUAAAUGGCUAUUCGGGGAUGAACUGUAGUAGCAGCUCAAUAUUGUUUUCAAGAUUUGGAUCCAGCUCAUCGGUCUUAAUUGUUCGGAAAGAAAUUCCCCUGCACAUCAGCUGGCUAGCUAUAGCAAUCACUACUGAGGACUGAGCAGGAGAAAUGGAAAGGGGAUGUGUAGGUACAUGGGAGGCUCUUGUGAAGCUAGUUCACAUCAAAUAGGAGCAACUUUUCUAUGCGGUGUCUGGAAAGGGCCCAAAGAGAGUGUGUUAUCUUCUAUUGUCAGCUUUGAGAAAUAUGAUCUAGCGCAACCUGUGUCCUCACUCUCAGGGCCAUUCUCGUGCUUUGUAAUGGGAAAGAAUUCAGACUCCCUAGUAACUCAAGAAUUAAGCAUUCCUAUGCUUAGCUCCCUGGGCCAGCUUUGUGCCUUGUGCUUUUUCAAAAAUUGACAUGACUUUAAAGCAUUUCCUUUUCAUUCAACGUUUUCAACUGAACACCAGUUCCCAUGUAACGGUUGGAACAACUGUGACCUUUGACUUGUUCUCUCACCUUUGCAGGUGUUGAUGAAGUCUUACACAGGAAUCGACUACAAGGAAUUCUACAACUUCCUCAAAAUCAUUGCAGAAAACCGGAUUUAUGUCCUUGAAAACCACCAUUCUGAAGAAGAUGCCUCCAAGCAUUCGUACAGAGCUGCCAUCUCCGGCCUGGGAAUGCUGCAUGCAGUCUUUGACUUGAAAAGGACUGCAAAGGUCUUGACCUCUUUGAAUGCCAAUGAGGAAUUCAAGAAACUGAACCCAGAGACCCUUUCCCCUCCUCCUCAGGCGCUGCUGCACCGCCUGAAAGCAGCGAUAGAUACAGCCCUCCUCUAGUUCCCCUUUUGAUUUUGACCACUUGCAGAAAUGCUUCUUUUGCAAGCUGGGUGCAUGCUGAUAGGUUAUGUCGAUCGCCCCAUUUAGAAGUCGUAAGCACAGUGGAUUUUAGUGACCGAGUAGCGAAUACAGAACCAGAGGCAGAAUGUUAGGGAAUUUAAGCAUCUAGGAAACUGGCAGUAGUUGGAAAAGGAGAGCAUCCCUCGGUGAGAUGUUCUACUUCCUCAGUGACUAAUAUGACCACUUACUUCUACCAGUAUUUCUAAGCCCUUUGGGCUGCAACCCUAUAUGGCAGAGAUUGGAGCACCUGCGUCCCUCCAGAUAAUGUUAUACUACAACUGGUCAUUCCUGUUGACCUUGCUAGCUGCAGCUGAUGAGACUUGGGAGUCCAGCAGCAUCUCGAGGGCCACAGACUCCUCAUCCUCUGCUCUACAUUCUCACCUGGGAGUAUGACUUAUUGAAUACAGUGGAACUUAACUUUUGAGUAAACGUGUAGGAUUGCACUGUUGGUUUCGGGAGCUUUUGUCCCACCAAAAUACAUGUGAGAAGCAUUUCACACUAGACUGUACAGGUGAGUCUUCUUGUUUACCCACAGUGUUAGUGGAAGAAUUUGAUCCUAUUUACAUGGUCAAUAACUGUCCCCUUUCCCUCCCACCAUCUCACCUCCCUGCCCCUGAGCACUUCCCAGAGACAUGUGUUUUGAGUAAAAUAAAUAUGGGGGUGGGAGGGAAAGAAAAGUAAAAAAUUUCAGCUCAUAUGUUGAAAUGGCUUAACUCCUUGAGGUAGGUAUGGGAAUAAAAGGCGUGUGUACCACCUCAUUCAUUGGUGUGCAAUACUCGCCUGUUCAUAGCCCCUGCUUCCAUCACUCUCUGCUUUAUAUGUGUGAGAGAGAAAUCAGGAAUAUACUCACCUCAGGAUUGGCACCACACUUUCAGGGACUCUGAGCCAUCAAACUCAGUGGGCCUAAACAGCCCAAGCAUGGCAGCUGAACUCUGUGUGCCCUCCCCUCCAGUAUGAUAAGCUGGGGCAAUUGUGUACUGCAAGCACUCUCUUCUCUCAAGCUACCUUUUUGGUUAUUUCCCAGAUAAGGUGGUCUCAGAGCUGUAGUUGAAUGGUCUUGCUUCUUUUUCGAUUCCGAAACGGCGGUGCCUUUUUCACUGCCUGAACAGUUGUAGCACGACCAUCCCCAGAGACGUUGAGGCCAAAAAAAUGGAUAUAUUUUUAAAAAUCACCCUUCAGGGCUUGUUGCAUGGCAGCCUACCCAUAAUCCAGUUGACUGUACCGGAUUACAGUCUUAACGGUGAUCCUCCUUUGUUUCUCCAGUUCCCUUUCUCCUCCUACACUUCUUCUGAAUUGUUUCUGUGCCUAUGCAGAAUAUCCUAAAGGAACACAGUUGCUGGAACUGGAGCCUUCUCUCCCCCAACUCCACCCCCCCAAAAGAAAAGCCACUAGGGGAGAGCAGAGGAAGAAGCCUGGGGCUUCUUGGGAAUGCCCAGCUAGUUUAGCACAGUCUGCCAAUCGAGGCAAAAGCUCUAAAAGCAACCAGCAACAUUCAGCAAGCCAAAUGUUUGUGUCUCCUCUCAUUUGCCUUGUGGGAAAUGUGUCCCUCUCUGAAAAGGUAUCACAUGGUACACAACUAAGCAGGUACACAUCUUGGCAGUGAUCCCCUUGGGUGGAUAAGAGGUUAAAAUGGGGGCCAGCUUGCCUUUUUACCUUGGGUGGCUACUGUCUUUUGGAAUGGAGCGUGUCACCUUUGGGACCAGUGGUUUUAAUAUACCAGCGCCAACAUUUCUUGUUACUGAGCACAAUUAGUCAUAGCACUGUAUGUGAGUAAGGGCUGGAAACGGUUUGUACAAGAAGCACUUCCCUUGCUGCUGGCAGCAGCGGCAGAACUAAAAUUGCAGGGGCUUUCUUCUGAAUGGGGACCGGCUGAGUUUGUUCCCAUUUGCUAUCUAGCCUGUUUGUUAGACUUUCACUUGAACCCUUUGUAGGGAACGUUUAAGCACUGAGCUGAAGUUUACUCAACCCUCGACUGUUCUGCCAAGUUGCCCCGAGACCUUUCUGAAACUGCACAUUAAAAAUAUUUAAGUGUCCGUGGUUUCUGUCUUUCUUGCAGAUGGCCAGUUUGAUGCUGAAAAUAGUUCAGGACAAAGAG